AUCAAUCUCCACCUCUAUACGUCGCAAAUCUUACUUGACAUCACAAAACAGACAACAAUUUGUUCCAAAAAAUGAGUCAGGAGCAACCUCGAAAUGAAGAAGGAAUAAAAUACGGAGAUGUAUUCAACGUUCAGGGAGACGUUGGAAGAAAGACGGUGGCGCCCGCGGAUGCGGCAAUGAUGCAGAAAGCGGAGACUAAGAUGCUUGGGAAAACCCAAAAGGGUGGCGCAGCUGCUAUCAUGCAAUCGGCAGCAUUGAAAAAUGAAAGAGAUGGAGUUGUAGGGCAUGACGAUAUGAGUAAAGUUGCCACGGAUGGUGGUGUCAGUAUAACUGAGACCGAUGUUUCAGGGCGGCAUGUUAUCUCGGAGUCUAUCGGUGGCCAGGUGGUGGAGCAAUUUACUCAAAAUGCGGCGAUGAAUACAAUGACACCACCUUCUCUGGUUGAAGCAAUGGGCGUCGGAGCUGCUGGUGGUAGCACUGGUGGGAUAACCAUAGGGGAAGCACUUGAAGCCACUGUUCUGACGGCAGGAAAGAAACCCGUGGAAUGGAGCGAUGCAGCAGCGAUUCAAGCAGCGGAAGUUAGAGCCAGCGGCCGCACAAACAUCGUCCCUGGCGGUGUUGCCGCGGCGGCACAAUCAGCCGCGACACUCAAUGCUCGAACAGCAAAUGAUGAGAACAAAACCAAACUCGCUGAUAUUCUUGCGGAUGCGACUACGAAGUUACCGGCGGAUAGAGCAGCGACGAGGAGAGAUGCUGAAGGGGUGACGGUUGCAGAAAUGAGAAAUGAUCCGUCGCUAACUACUCAUCCUGGUGGAGUGUCUGCGUCGGUGGCAGCCGCAGCUAGGCUUAACCAAAAAGGAAAUAACUAGUUUGAUACCUAAAUAGCUAGUUAGUAGCUAACGUAUACAUAUAUGUAUAUUAAUGGUUAUGCUUUUCUGCAUAUGCUUCUGUUUACUUUCUUUAAUGGAAUGAAAAAUCUGAGUGAAAAAAGAGGAUA